CCAUCUGCCCCACAUCAGCGAGGGCUUGAUGAAGAGGAAUCUGAGGAGAGGGGACAUGAGGGACAUGAGUCUAGGACAGCUGCAAGUCAUCACAAAUGACUUACACUCACAGAUUCAAAGUCUUAAUGAGGAGCUGGUACAGUUGCUGCUGCUGAGGGAUGAGCUACAUGUGGAGCAGGACGCCAUGCUGGUGGACAUAGAGGACCUCACCAGGCAUGCUCACAGCCAUCAGCGGCACCAGGCAGAGAAAGCCAUCUCUAAAUAAAAACACCCCUGUCUACACGUGUGUUCGUCUGCACGCCAUUUUACCUCCUGCUCCAUGGACUGUCACCAGUAUUACUAAUGAAACUCCAUCCGUGCUGACUGUGUCUGGAGAAAUGAAUAUGCCAUAUACAUUAGUAUUAAUACAGGCACACUCGUAAUGUAUUGCACCAGAGGAUUUUCUGGAAGGACAGAGGACCUGAAAUCUGAGUCAUCACCACUUUCAGUAAGGACACAGUUAAGUUUGUGCAGGGUUUUCACUUUAACUCAGCAUGAUUAAUCAUGCCAUAUUUCAUAGAAUUAGGGGAAUCCUCUCAACUUAAUUCCAUCCCGAGCCCUGAUUUACCUCUUCAUGAUUUUGCACGGUACACUCAUGUAUGUUAAUGCCGGGUUGGAGAGAGCGCCUGUCCACGUUGUUUCUCCCUUGUCUCAAAAAAAGAUGCUGACUUCUCGGGGGCCACUCCUGACUGAACUGAGAUUCAAUUAACGUUGUCUUUUGUUUAUGUCUAUAAUAAUCAAGAGGAUUGAUCAGUUCAUCUGUAGACAUGCUCUGUUCACCUGUUCAUCAUUUCUUUCACUUAGAGCACUGUGUCGUCGCUGUUUAACGCUGGAAUUCACUAUUAAGCACCUACUAUCUAAGCUGUUGCAAUAGAAAAUUAUAAACACUGUUCUUAUUUGCAGUUUGGCUUCACAGUGGUGUUUAAAUGCUGCAGCAGCUUCACAGGGCCCCUCUUGCAAGGAUCACUUAGACACAAAAUUGGAUGUAACUUGAUAGCUGCUAUGGUUUCCACCUGCUUUAAAGAUGCAUUCAGGGCCUUUCUGGAUAAUAUUGUCCUACUUUAUUCAAAUUUGCAUUUGUCUGAUGACAAAAAUCAUAAGAUGAGGGUUAAAUAGGUAUAUAUUGGUUAAUACAUAGGGACAGAAAAGCAAAAGUGAAGGCAUGUUGACAUGAAUAAAAAUAUGCAAAAUAAUUUUUAUGUGCAAUUUACUAAUGCUAAGAAAAGGGUAAAUAUAAACAUGUAAAACAAAUAUAUGAAUAAAUCACAGCCUAAACAUAUCUAUUUUAUCUGUUCAGAAGAUUUAUGGACAUUCUAUAUGUACAUGUUAAAAUAUACUUUAUUAAAAGGAUGAAGAAUAUGCCUUGUUGUCUGGCAGUGUUUAAGUGUUUUCACUCUCACCUUUUUAAGAAUGUAACUGAACACAAAGUUAAA